GUCGUUUUGAUACAUAUGUGUUUUGAAUCAGUUCGUUACCAUUUGGUCGUAAUUUUGUUUUACCCAUUGCCCGAAUUGUAUAUCAGUGAGUGAGGUCAGCGAUAAUUUUUGUAUUUCCUGUAUGUGGUUGCUAAUAAGCUAGCAAACUACGCAAGUGCUAACUAUAUGAAUUUUGUACCUUCGAGGCUUAUAUGAACGCAAAUAGUGCAUAUUAUGGGGCUGACAUGUGCGAAAGUUUUGAGGAAUAAAGUCUUGUUGACUAACAGUUGGCGUGUAAAUCGACAGUUGUCUUUAGCAAAACUAGAAACGUUCUAGAAACGACGGCGCAGCCAGAUUUUUAGCGCGUGCCCGGAUGUGGCGGGAUGCUAUUGGGGUAUUCUGGGGUGCAAUGGACGACAACAACGCAGUGAAGCUCUUUGUUGGGAAUCUGGAUUUGGAAACUACACAAGAUGACCUAAUAGCACUUUUUGCCCCUUAUGGAGAAGUGGUGCACAUAACUGUACUGAGGCAGUUUGCCUUUGUCCAUCUGCAGGGAGAAGGGGCUGCUGACCGUGCUAUCCGUGAUCUGAAUGGUCGAGAAUACCAUGGCCGGAGCCUUGUAGUUGAGGAAUCCAAAGGGAGGCCCCUCAAUUCCACCAAAGUAUUUGUGGGCAACCUGUGCGCUUCCUGUUCAGUUGAAGACCUGUAUGAGCUCUUCUCGGCUUACGGAAAAGUACUUGAUUGUGAUAAAGUAAAGACAAAGCCCUCCUCAUUAACAGGCUACGCCUUUGUGCACAUGGAGCGUAAAGAGGAUGCAGAACAAGCCAUUGAGGGUCUUCACGGAACCUCAUUCAUGGGGCGUCCACUUGCAGUGGAGCUCUCAAAGGUACAGCAGACUGCAAACAAGGUCCCAUGUGCCAGUUGCGGUGCACAUGGCCACUUUGCAGGAGAAUGCCCGAUCAACAGGCCUUCAAUGGAGCACCACCAGAGUCAGGCUGCUGUCUUGGCUGCAGCCGCCGCUGCUGCUGCCGGACUUCCCCUUCAGGUGCAGCAGAGUGUCCACAACUCUUUUUACAAUACUGCGAGCACUGACCCAACGUUUGCAGCUCUGAAAGACCUGACCACUUCCAGGGUUGAUGGCAAACCUGUCAGUGCUGCGGUCUACGGAGCCCUGGCGAGUCAAGUCUACAGUGCUGUAGCAGACCAGGUGCUGAGCAGGUCGACAAGCCAAGCUGCAGAUGGCUACCCCACUGAAGGAGAAGCACCGCCGGGGGCUGCAGCUGUUAACCCAGCCUAUGGAGCAAAUUCCUCUCUGUACAGUGCCAGUCCAGCUUAUGGGACCAUGGGAGGCACGGAGCCUGACCCCCAAGCCGUCUUUGAAGCUGCUCGGGCCCGAUUCUUUGAGCAGGGUCAACAAGUGCUGGCUGAACAGCAGGCGGUGACCAAAUCUGACCGAGACCGAAGUCCGGUACGACGUACGGCCCCAUUACUGCCCGAUCCAGUUCCCCAGCCGUACUCCCAGACACGACCCAAACGACGGGCCCUGCUCCCAACACCUCCUGGUGGUCCAGAACUACCUGCAGUUAAAAAUGGCGACCCAAUUGCAAGGUGCUAUGCAGAGUACUACCAACAGUACCAGCAGUACCAACAGUACCAACAAUACCAGCAGUACCAGCAAUAUCAGCAGUACCAGUACAGCUUUCCGCCACCACCUCCACCCGCUCAGAUGCCCAUGAUGCCACCGGGCCCAGUGGAUGUGCAACAGAUGUCGGCCCCAGGCACCACUGCUUCACCAAGAGUAAUGCCCCUCAGGCAGUCUUCAGUCUUUCAUUCCAAAGAAAUAUGCUAUAAUGGCUCCCGGGCCUCAGGACGCCAAGUUGAGCAUGACGGGGGAAGAGAAUUAGCGCCCCACAAUUCCUCGGACGUGCUCCCCAUUAAGGUAAAGCCAUUUGCCCCCAACCACGCCUGCACCUUGUUUAUACACUUCCCCAUCAUUCUAGCACAGCUGCUCAGAUCAGGCUAACAUCAGCUUAUACUGAAAAUAAGGUCAACACAAUGGGAAUGGCACUUGUUUUCUGCUGUGUGGUUGGAUCAGUGCCUAUUGAGGGGGAAUUUGUUUUUUAACAGCCUGAAGUAGUACAAAUAACUUUUCAUCUCCCCAAAAUGCUCAUGGUUUGGUAUUUAGACUAAAAAUAUUUUCUGCUUAGAUUAUUCAUAUUUAAACUGACUCUUUUUGCCCCAAAAGGUUUUAGUGCCUUUGAGGUUUGUUUUCUCGCAGUAUGCUUACAAAAUGAGUCGGAAAUUUCCAAGCAUUUUUUUCAAACAAUUGGAGGGAAGAAUGGCUGACAUUUGCCUUGGCUUGUUCUCUGGCGUUUAGUCUUUUUGAAGCACUUCCAGUUGGUGAGAUGAGGCACUCCAACUAUCCUUUGAGUACAUGAGAAGGGUGCAAUGGUCUUGUAGGUGAGUAACCAAUGCGUCCAGCUCACAUCCACCUCAGCUUUAUGUCAACUGCCACUAUUUCAGCCUCACAAGAUCAUAGAUCCCACUGCAACACUCUGAUUUAAGUUUUUACUUAAAAAAAAAAGGGUUAAUCUGUUUUCCUGCCAAAUUUAGACUUAUAACUGUUAUAGGGAUUUAUUUUUCCAUUCUCUCAGCGUAGGAAUUGAGCAUGCUUUUGUAUGUCCAUAAGCAAGAAGUAACAAAUGUUUUUUAGUUUAACCUAGGGACAGUCUGUUAUGAAUGUCAGAAAAAUGUGUUUGUUAAAGGUAAGCCUAUUCAGUCACUCCAAACAUUACUUAAAACACAUUCCUUUCUGUAAUUGGCAUUUUAAAAAACUAUGUUUGUUAAUUUGUCUAAUCUUCUAAAAGGUUUUAACCUCAAAUCUAAUUUAAAGGGGUCAUAUGAUGCUGCUAAAAAGACAUUCUUUUGUGUAUUUUGUGUAAUGCAACGUGUUUACCUUUAAGGUUAAAAAACCACAUUAUUUUCCAUAUAAUGCACAUUGUUUCUCCUCUA